AUGUCGCCGUUAGUCGGAAUUUUUGCUAUAACUUUGCUAAGUUCCAUACUUUACAAUAAAUUUGAUGCAAAUUCGCGAGCGACAACUACGCGAAAGAAUCCGUAUUAUAGUUUUGAAAAGUCGAACGCGAAAAGCGGAGGGAUGGAAAAUUCAAAAGAUGAAAGGCAGAGUUCGAAAUUUUGGAACGAAAAAGAAGAUGAAGCUGGUUUUGCUUUCGAAAAUAUUAGCGAAUUGGAUGUCUGUAUUUUUACGGUGAGUCACAAUCGAUCUAGUAAGUUCAUUGGCGCAGUAAUUUUCAAAAAAAUAUGUUGUGUAAGUCGGAAUCUUUUGUUACUGGUUUGAAAUUUCUUCUCCUGGCUUUACAAUUAAAAUAUUGCCAUCUUGUUACGACCCAGAUGUCAAAUGUUCUAUUUUUCUUGUCAUUGUUCUGAAAAUUCCCUUUUUCUAUAUCAUGUCGCUGAUUUGUGUAUAAAGAGGCUAUUGAAAGAGUCAAACAUGCUUAUUUUGAUCGCAAAAUAUGUUAAUUUGUGCAUAGCGCGACGUAUCAUUUACCGUUGAAUCUAAAACGUUUUUAUCAUGUAGGUUGUUGCUGGAAACCAAAAGUUCUGUAAAGAAAAAACUGACGAGAAUUUGGAUCGUUUGACUUUGCUAAUGAUGUCAUGUCACACCGCGGGUGAAGAUAACAAGUUUCCGAAAUGUACAAGUGAAAAGGUAAAUAGGUAACAUAUAAUUGCUAGCUAAAGGCCGAUUUACUACGCCUAAAACUGUCGCAUUCAAUCUGCUUACAACUUGAGUUGUACUGUGUAAAUCAAGCACACAACUCACCUACGUUGUGUAGUGUAAAUCAAGCACAAAACGUGCCUACAUUGUUGUAGUUGUGUAGUGUAAAUUGGCCUUAAGGCUUCACAUCCAUUCACACAAGACAGAAUGAAUCUCGCACGCGUGUUGAGGCUUGUACAGUUUCAGACGGCACGUAUGAAACGGGGUGAAUUAGCAUACGGUUCCAAACCUCCCAGCUGCUGACAAUGUACUCAAUUAAAUAUGUCGAGUUAUCCUUUACGCUUUUAGACGUUUGCAGAAUGCAUUUCAAGUUUGAACACAGCGAAUUUAGAAAUGUUCAAAAAUGUGAAGAAACGCGCCUUAACGGUUUGUCAAGAAGUAAGCCAGCAAUUAUUCAUGAUCAACAGUCAGCGGCGUGCUCAAGCCUUACUGGAAACAGCGCAACUCCACUCGUCCGUAAUGACGUCAUUCAAGGUAAGAAUUACUUAUGAACUUUAUAUUCAGCAUAUACUAGAAUAAAUGAAUGAAUGAAUGGAUGGCAUGGAGAACAGUGGGAUUUUCAAAAUAAUAAAACGACAAUGGAACAUUCUGAUCACUGGAUCGUGACUGGAUGGCUUGGAGAACAGUGGGAUUUUUAAAACAAUGAAAAGACAAUGGAACAUUCUGAUCUCUGGAUCAUACCUGGAUGAUAUUGCGGAACAUAACGGUGGAAUUUUGAAAUAUAACAAGUAGUUCUACCUUUUUCAUCUUAGGACAACCAAAAAUUAUUGGAAAAUAUAACAUCACAAACGUUGAUCCGUCUUCGCGCUCAGCGUGUGGCGUUCAUGAAAGACAUGCGACUGUUCAAGAAAUACUUCACGAAAAACGAGAGUUUGUUGAUGGAGGCAGCCCAGGCGCAUCUCACAUUGCUCUCACGACAUAAAGAAAUCAUUGGUGGCUUGGAAAAAGAUGUCAAUGUUUUGACUGAAGGAUUUUUCCAAAGCUUAGGUUAGCUCGUUGUUUGUAAGAACUGAAUUAUGAAGCUCAAAUAUGAUCUGGUCGAAGGUUUACCUGAGACUGGUUGACACUAUCAAAGUUUCUGUGAUCACAGUAGGAAUUUUGCAUAGGCAAAUUCUAAGUUUUGAAAAAUUUGUAAGAAAUGUUUGAGGAAACCAAUUGAGUGUUUAACACUAAGUCAGUGCCCUCAAACAUUUCUUACAAAUCUUUCAAAACUUAGAAUUUACUUAUGCAAAUUGUCAAGGUGCCCUCGACCUACAGUAGCAGGCUCAACUGUUAAUAGUAAAGGACAGCGCGCCAGCCGUUUCUUUUCCCCGUGCUAACCACUGGUCUAUUUCUUGGUUUGAUAUCGAGUCCAAAAAUAUUUUCUCUUCUUUAUAGAUGCGAUGCAGGACAACUUCACAGCGUUCAGUGUGAAGAUUUUUGAGAAACAUCGAGAGAUAAUGGCGAACCUCAAUCGAGUUGAAAAUACGGCGGAUAAAAUCUUAAAACAACUAGGUAAGUAAUUGUUUUUGUUUGUGGAAACACCACGUAAAUUUAUUACUGCAUAAUAAUUAACAACUAGGUAAGUAUUUACACCUUCAAAUGAGAUUUGGUCAAGAAGGAACAUGUACUAUUUAUCGUGUCACCAACAUCAAACCUUGGUCACAGAGAUGAAUUAAGGUCCUUGCUACUCUCACUUUUCUUUUUUUGUUGAUUUUUGUGCUCUUAGUGUUGUUUUCCCACAUCAAAUUUCCGUCUCGUUAUUUUGUAGAAAUGAUGGAGGAAUAUGACCAUACAGUAACUUUGAAAAAUGUAAGUGACUUUCAGUGCGUUGCGAGGCAAGAGAUGAUUGAUUAACUUUGAUAUUUAUAUAUCAUGAGUACCACAGAUAAUCAAAAGAAUUAACAUUAUUUCUCACUCUGAAAAACUACCAGUUGAUUGCCAUUUACGGCACAAUAAUGCAUCCAAUUUUCCAUCUAUAGGUUUUCAAUUGGAUAAUGGCGAAUCUUUGGCGUUCCCGUGAGGUCAUAUGUGUCGUUCUUUCCUCGUUUCUGAUAAUUUAUGGUUUAGUGCUUCGAAGCAAAAUAUUUACAUGGAUAAAGUUCGUGUUAAUGGCAUCAGUAAUUGGAGGGAUCUUUUUGCAAUACGAAUAUGUCGGUCUGUUGAUAGCCGCAUGGUUUAUGUCUAUAUUGGGAGGUAAGUUUUUGUAUUCAAUAUCAGUUUAUCACAUAUACGUGAAACUACUCGAAAAUAUAAAAAAAAUUGUCUUUGAAGUUUCAAGCACUUUGUCAUGAAGUUACAGUGCAUAAUUCUGACGAAGGGCCUUGAUUGCUGAAAAUCUUUUCCAGGCAGUUCAGACACAUGUUCUGACAACUUUAAUUAUUAACUUAUAUUAUUAAAACCGGAAAAUUAACCGUUAAAAUUAUCUUUUUUAGAAAUAUGUAUAUGGUGCUUCAGUUCCUUAACUAAUGGUAGAAUAGAGAGGGCGGAGACAGAAAUGAAUACUUCUGUGAGGCAUAGUUCAGUAUUAUCUGGGAUGCAGGAAAAUAAAGCAGGGGAAACAAGUAGUGAAAGUGGUACUUCGAAUGAUAGCUUGGGACACGACAGUGGUAAUCGUAAUAAUGUUAGAUCUAGCGUUGCAGUACCUGAGAGUACAACAAGGGAUUCGAGUGGUGAAAACUACAACAUUAAAGGUGACAAUAUGGGACCUCAUAGUACUUCAGUGCGUGGACUGCCAGAGAGCACAAGUGGUCAAAUUGUGAAUACGACUAGAAUUUCUUCCAAUGCAACAGAAAAUGAGACAGAGAACGACCAGCCUCCCGCUACGAGAGGUGAUAGCAUGGUACUACAGGAUACAAUAGAAGAUUGUGAAAUUCAGAGUCCUGUCACUGAACAUAGUGGAUCAAUGAUGAGUAUUGAAGUAGAAACAUCGAGGGGUAAUAUAGUACAGGAUACAAUAGACGAUUGUGAAAUGGAGAGUCUUGAACAUAGUCGAUCAAUGAUGGGUAUUGAAGCACAAACAUCCAGGGAUAAUAAUAUAGUACAGGAUACAAUAGAGGAUUGUGAAAUGGAGAGUCCUGUCACUGAACAUAGUGGAUCAAUGAUGGGUAUUGAAGUACAAACAUCGAGGGGUAAUAAUAUAGUACACGAUACAAUAGAGGAUUGUGAAAUUCAGAGUCCUGUCACUGAACAUAGUGGAUAUUGGAUGGAUAUUGAAGUACAAACAUCCAGGGGUAAUAUAGUACAGGAUACAAUAGAGGAUUGUGAAAUUCAGAGUCCUGUCACUGAACAUAGUGGAUCAAUUAUGGGUAUUGAAGUACAAACAUCCAGGGGUAAUAUGGUACAUGAUACAAUUGAGGACUGUGAGAUUCAGAGCCCUGUCACUGAACAUAGUGGAUCAAUGAUGGCUGUUGAAGUACAAACAUCUAGAGAUAAUAUGGUACAGGACAGUACAAGUCUUGAUAUUCAGGAACAAAAUAAGAUAAGUGGAAUACAGCAUGGGAAAGAAAGCAGUACAAGUGGUGACACAAGUGAUGACACAAGAGGGUAUAGUAGUACUAAAGGAGAUUUCGUAGUACAACGUGGCAUGCGAACUCGUAGCAGGUGGCCUGAAAGUAAUUUGGACUUCAAUGAAGAUACUGAUAUGAAUGCACAGGGUUUAACUAUGACUAAAAGUGUACAAACGAGUACACUAUGUGACAGAGAGGUACAAACAGGUCCGGGCAAUGACAUGGCGGUACAGACGCGGGCUCAAUGUGAUAGCGAAGUACAGACAGGACCAAGUGAGAAUAUAGCGGUGCAAACGAAUACAACAGAUGAAAGAUCUGUCCAAACAAACACAGAUAAAGUCAUUGGGGUACAGACGAGUACAAGAGAUGACAGAGAGGUACAGACAAGUACCGGUAAGGAUAUAUCGGUACAAGCGAGUACAAAAGAUAAUAAUUACUCCCAAACUGAACCGAGUAGUGAUAUGGGGGUUCAAACGAGUACCAAAAGUGAUAGUCAGGCACAAACAGAUACAAUUAAUGAUAAGUCAAUACAGACGAGUGCUAAAGGUGAUAGAGAAGUACAAACAGAUACAAAUAAUGAUAUGUCAGUGCAGACGAGUAUAAGAAAUGAUGGUUAUUCCCAAACUCAACCCAGUAAUGAUAUGGGGAUUCAAACAAGUACAAAAGGUGAUAGCCAAGUACAAACAGAUACAAUUAAUAAUAUGGCGAUACAAACGAGUACAAGAGGUGAUAGCUCUGUACAAACAAGAACAAGUAGCGCUAUGGCAGUACAGAUAGGCAUGGGAGAUGAUACUGAAGUACAAAAAGAUACAAAUAAUGACACCAUGCUACAAUCGAGUACAAGAGGUGAUAGCAACGUUCAUAUGGGUACAAGUAGUGUUACAGAAGUAAGAAGUACAAGAGGUGAUAGUCAGAGACAAACGGGAACAGCUAAUGAUACAAUAGGACAAACGAGUGCAAGAGAUAAUAUGGCGCUGGAAGCAAGGAUAAGUAGUGUCACAGGAGUACAAACAAGAUCGACAGGUGAUAGCAGCCUACAAACAGGUACAAAUAGUGAUAUUAGAUUACAACCGAGUCACAACAGAAACCUUGUAGUUUGCUCUAACGACAAUACUCAAGGACGUAGUGGGAUAACGUAUGACUUUGGAGUACCUCACGAGCCUUUAGGGAUACAAGAAGAAACAACAAGGACCAUACCAAGACAAAGUGGGAUAAUUGUGAACAUUGGAGACAAUUUUAGCAACUCUAGAAGACAAACGCAGAGUCCGAGGAGACAGAGUAGGACAUCGAGUCCAUUUGAGGUGGUAACUGGAGACAUUAGGAUACCUAGUGGUACUCAUGAGGAUACAGGUGGUAGUACAGUGAUGAAUAUGAGUGGAUUGAGAAGAGUAUCUCAAGACAUAUCAGGUGAAGCAGGGACUUCAGGGGAGUUUAGUUCGAUACAAGUUGGAGUACAAAUUAACAGAGUUGGAAGUUCAGGCCACAGACGGGAAUGCGGGUUCAUGACGCUACAAGGAACGCCUUGCAGGCGUCGUGUUAGCACAGGGCGGUGUUAUAUACAUAAAUAUGCUAGACAAUAA